AUGAAAAAAGAAGAGGAUAUGUCAAGACUACAAAAGAAUGCAGCUGGUUUACAAUCAAAAUUAGGUAAUUUGAAAUUGAACAAUCCAGCAAUUGAACCUAAAAAGAAAGUUUUUACUCAUCCUGUAAGAUUCACCGAAAAUCACGAUGGAAACGCCAGUAAGAGUGUAACAACAACCAUGAGUACUUCUUCUUCCUCUUCUUGCCCUUCUGCAUCUAAUUCUACUUUCAAUAAGACUGGUUCAAUUGAAAAGGAUAUCAGCUCCUCAAGUAAAGAUACAAAUUAUAAUGAAAAUAAUAGAAUUUUCCAUUUACGAUUAGCUUUAGAGCAAAAGGAGAAAGAGCUUAAAGAACUUAAAUCUGGUUUAAAUCAAACUAUUUUGAAACAAAAUGAUGAAAAGAUACCCAAUCUUAGACAUCCAAUUGUAUCUAGGGAAAGAGACACAAGAAAAAUUAAUACGAGGGAAUCCUUAACAAGCGAUAGCCCCAUACGUUCGUCAACUAUAUAUGGCGUCAGUAAACCUGAUACUGCUGAUAUUAUUUCUCAUGUAUCUGCCUCUCCAUACAAUGGUUCAAGAUCAGGUUCAUUGAAAACUGAAACAUCCGUAGCCACAACUAAUAUGUCUCAGAUGAAAAAAGAUAGAAAGUUACUAAAAGAUAUCAUAAUUCCAUAUAUACAUUGUUCAAUAAAAUGUUUCGAAUCAAGCGUAAUAUUUCAUAAUGAGGCAAAUCAUUUGAGUUUAAGAUUUAAAGAAAUAAUGGAACUACAAUUUGAUGAAGAUUAUAAGACACAAUUGUUAAUUGAAAUUCUUGAUAACUUAAGUUUUCUGCAGAGACAACAGACAGCCUUUCUAAAUGAAGAAUUAAGAGAAAAAAAAAUUUCAAAGCAAUUAGAUUCCAUAUUUGAAUCAGUUCUCAAUAAGAAUUGGAGAGAAAUAAAUGAUAAAAACCAAUUGUCAAAAAUAAAGGAGGAAGUAUUCAAGUUACUCUGUAAAAGUAAUGAUCUUGAAAGUAUAAAUCAGGAUAAGAAGAAAAACAUUUUAGAUGACCAACCUUUUAGUACAGCUAGUGUUCCAACUAUUAAUUCCAAAGUAUAUGCAAAUGUUAAUACACCAAGAGACAUCAAUGAUGAUCAGAGCAACACAAAUGCUUAUGUAGAGGAUAAACUAACGGAAAUGUCUACGAACAGUAGAAAAAGCCAAUACAGAAAAUCUAUGGAGUUCGUUCCUAUCGGUUAUGAUAAUAAAUCUCUUUACAUGAAAACACCACAAAGACUUGGUAUGACACGAACGGAGGAAAUAUCUCCUCUGGGACCAAACGAUAAGACUGAUGAAAACUCUCCUUUACAAAUCUUAUGGCAAGAGCGUUAA